UAAAUAAUAUAAUUUUAAUUUCUUAAAAAUAUAUACUUUUCGAUUUUAAACAAAUAUUUUUGACUAAAACCCAGGACUACAAAACUGUAAAACAACAAAUAAUUUAAUUUUUGAACGAAUUUUGUUACUUGAAAAUCAACGCAUGAAGUCGUAAUCGCACGCAUUUUCAUUUUCACAAUUUCUUUGAAACUAUUGAUGAAAACAAAUUACAUUCACAGCACUGCAUUGAUAAACCAAGUAAUUAUUUGGGAAUUGUUCGAGAUACAAUUUUAAAAUACUUCGGAAAUCAACUAUCGAUACAGUGAACAAUGUCUUCUCCGACUGAGGAAACACUAAAACGGAACAGCGAGUCUGAUACCGGGGACCAUGACACCUCAGAACACGACCCUCAGUUCGAGCCAAUAGUGUCCCUCCCAGUUGUGGAAAUCCCGACCAAUGAAGAGGACGAGGAGGAACUUGUGAAGAUCAGAGCCAGACUAUACCGCUACGAUACUGAGGAUCAUGAGUGGAAGGAGCGUGGCACAGGAGACAUAAAGCUGUUGCGCCACACAAUCAACAACACAGUCAGAGUUGUGAUGAGACGUGAUAAAACAUUGAAAGUUUGUGCCAACCACUUCAUCACUCCAGAUAUACGCAUGAACAUCCACUGUGGAUCCGACAGGGCCUUCAACUGGUCAGUGUUUGCCGACUUCGCUGAUGAGCAAAUGAAACAAGAACUGCUGGCUAUCAAAUUCGGAAACCCACAGAAUGCUGAACUCUGGAAGACAAAGUUUGCAGAGGCACAAGAGAUAGUGCGAACAAAGUGCAGCAUCUACUGUGACGACUACACCGAUGAUGAGGAUGACGAUGAGAGCUCCAUCACGAGGAGUGAAGACACAGACACCCCCGAGCCUCACAGCGCAGACAAGUCACCAUCAAAGGAGGCUAAAAUAAAUGUUUCUCAGAAAGAGGAAGAAGGUGUAGUAUUAAAACUUAAAGAACUUAAAGUUGAAAGUGACAAAACCGAACAAUAAUUUCUGGUACAUUUUAAUAAGAAUUUUAUAAUGUAGGUAGGUAAAACCAUUCCUGUGUUUCUACUUGAAUUUUUUCCUGUGUGAAUUAACUUGUGACUAUUUUAAUGAGUUUAACACUCAGCUGCUCAAAGGAACUUUAGACUAAGAUCAUUCUUAAAGCUAUUGCUGUCGUGCUUUGACUUAAUAUGGACAGAAAGUGAUAGAAAUAGAUUUAGUUCCUUUGGGCAACUGGGGGUGAAGACACUAUUUGUAUGCAAAGAGCAGUGCCCCAGAGCUCACUUGAACUUAUUAUCUUACAUUGGAUAGUAAAUGUUAUGUAAUGAUAUGAUAAUAUUGUUUGCUACAAGUAAAGUUUGGUAGCCUUAAUGAAUAUGUGAACUCUUUUAGUAUUCAGUAUAAAAUGUUUUGGUAGCCCAUUCAUUAGUUUAUUUUUUUUGGUCUUUAGAUUUAUUUUAACUUUUUUAUCUUUAUAAUAUUAUGAUCAAUUGUGAUCAAUGAUGAUGAUAGUAUGUACUUAUUUUUAACUUCUUCUGUCGUUUCUACAUUGUUUAGGCAGCCGCCUAAACAUAGUAUUUUGGGAUAUGUAUGAAUGAGCUCCAAUACAAUUUGUACUUAGGUGGUAUUAUAUUAAACUGAUGCCUAAACUAGUAUAGAUA